AACCAAGCAGCGAUCGACCCAGCCUUCGCCAUCUUCGUUUCUGUUGUUGCUGCUGCUGCUUCCGGUCACAUGCAUGGCUAAUUUCGGCUCUGAUCAACUAGGGGAUACCCGCUUGGUGGAGCCAAGAGUCGCCGCCGGAUGGCUGCUGGACUUCUGGAACGCAUGGGCAACGGAGAUCCUGGUAAUCCUGAGCCUCCUGCAGCAGGGGGUCCUGCUCUUCUUCUCCGGGACUCGCCGGCGUCAAGGCCGCAGCCCCAAGAGGCUCCUUCUCUGGCUGGCAUACCAGCUGGCGGACAGCACGGCAAUGUACGCCCUGGGCAACCUCUCCCUCAGCAGCACGCUGCGGCAGCACCGGCUGGUCGCCUUCUGGGCGCCGUUCCUGCUGCUGCACCUCGCUGGCCCCGACAACAUCACGGCCUACUCCCUCGAGGACAACAAGCUGUGGAAGCGCCACCUGCUGACGCUCGUGGUGCAGGUGCUGGGUGCAGGGUACGUCAUCUACAACCAUAUCGCCGGCGGCGGGAUCCUCUUCUCGCUGGGCGCGGCCUUGACGACGGCUAUCGCGGUCGCCAAGUUCUGUGAGAAGACGUGGGCUCUCCGGUGCGCCAACUUCGGCGUCAUCCGGGAGUCCAUGGAGGCGGAGGACGCCGAGCAGCUCGGAAAAUGUGAUCUUUACCUGGAGGACAGACCGCCUCGAGGAGGGUUCAGAGAGAAGGUGGUGGAGAAGGAAGAGUUCCUCAUGCUGCGCGCGCACGCCGUGUUCCGGGUCUGCAAGUCCGCCAUGGUGGAUUCCUCGAAGAACCCAGGGAGCUACAUAGUUGGCAUACUUAAAAACCUCAAGGAGAAGGAGAUGGGGUACAUGUGGACGCUGGUGGAGAUGGAGCUGUCCCUGAUGUACGACAUCCUGUACACCAAGGCGCCCGUGAUCCACACUCUGCGUGGCUACUGCAUCCGCGUCGUCUCGCCGCUCGCCGUGGCUGCUUCCCUCCUGCUGUUCCAGUUCUACGGCAGGGAGGGCGCCAGGACCGCGGACGUCGCCGUCACCUACGCCUUGCUGGGCGGUGCCUUCCUCAUGGAGACGACGGCGCUGCUGAGCGCGCUCUGUUCUACAUGGACGUUCUCCUUCCUUUGCGCGACGCGGUGGAGUAGUCUUCGGCACUCUGCCCUGUGUCUGGAGCGGUGGCACCGGCUUCGUCGCAUGGUCCUGUCUCUCCGCCGGCUUGCCCACAGCACUGGAAUUGCUGGCUUCUUCAGGCUGUCAAGGAAGUGGACGGGCACCAUGGGGCAGUACAACAUGUUAGAGAUGAGCACCGCGAGGCCUGGCUGGUGGGCAGGCUGUGACAUGUUUGGGAUGUGCACUGUGAUGCAUGACUGGUUGGCAGGCCAUGGCAUGCCGGCUGUUGCUGUUCCAGAUGGUCUGAAAGAUUUGGUGGUCACUUACAUACAGCACAUGAUCAGAAGUGGGUACAUCAACACACCGGGAAUGGUCAGAGGGAGUUGGGGCACGGAGGCGCUGGAGCGCUGGAAGGAACAUAGUGGCAUUAGUAUUGAUAGCAAGUUCCUUGGUUCUGAGCUCCAAGAGGGGAUCAUCAUCUGGCACAUUGCCACUGACGUCUUCCUCGCCAGAAGGCAGGCCGAGAUCGAGGGCCGAGAUAAAGUGAAGGAAGUGCAGGUACUGUCCAACUACAUGAUGUUCCUCCUCGUCAAGCGACCUGACAUGCUACCGGGCCUUGCUCAGAACAAGCUGUACCAGUGGACCAAGACGAGCUUGGCCACCAACGUGGCUAAUUCUGACGACGUCAAUCCUGCCAGCGCCCUAUACAAGAUGGAGAUCACUGGACAUCAUGUCCAGAAGUUUCGACUAUUGCUGGCAAUCGAGUUGGCUAAAACACUGGUACACACCAAGAACGCGCUGGAGCUGGUCUACGAGGUCUGGGCCGAUUUUAUAAUCUACACUGCCAACCGGUGCAGCAGGGAGUCCCAUGCCAAGAAGCUCAACAGUGGUGGCGAGUUCACAACCCUGGUAUGGCUUAUGACGGACCACCUUCACCAAGUGCGUUUCAACAAGGAUCUUUACCCACCUAGUGAAUAAACAUCCUUGUAUCUAUCACUUGUUCAUUUUUUUCAAUGUACACAAACUUUGAGCAACAAGUGGUACCAUAUGUUGUCUGGCCUUAAGGUGCAAACAAAUGUGCGCGCGUGGUGGGGUCGA